UGUAUCAAGCCACGACAUCACCGCCAUUGCUGGUCUAGAUUAUACAGCGAUUUCAAGUCAAGAAAUAACAUUUACACCUAAUGGACCAAUUGAACAAGACAUUGUGGUACAGAUUAGCAAUGAUACUCUCCAGGAAGGAACAGAAUCUUUCCUUCUGGCUGUUUCCUCACAAAAUGUCAAUACUAGAAUUGGAGAUAAUGUAAAUACUACUGUGAGGAUUCUUGACAACGACGGUAAGUGUUUGUUCGAAGGAAACCUUGAAAAACUUGCUUUUUGUCUUGCUUUUGUUCCAAAUACUCAAUACAUGCAUGUCUCAAAAUACAGGAUUAACCAUGGCUAGAAAUCUGCGACAACAUGGCCGACACGCACGCUUAGCUCCUUUGUAAUGUAAAUAUUAAGUGAAUAAGUUUAAUAACCAGAAAAGCAUUACGUUAACUUGCCUUUUCGGCUUUUGUUGGUCCUACAAACCAAAUAUGACGAUUCCAUAAAUCGAUCUUGAAUGAUAAUCGUCGUAACUACGUACUUGUUCACAUUUCAGUUCAAAAUUCGAUGCAGGCUUUGUUCCCGAAGCAAAACAAUUUUGCAGUAAUUUGCACAUAUAAUCACGCGCACUUUUUACUAGUAAUCCAGGUUAUUUUCACGACGAAACCCCAUAAUCGCUUCAGUUUUCAGGCUGAUCGUACAUCAACAUUGGAUUUCCAUAAAUCGUAAUCGAUACACUUUGUUCUCCCCAUAAAUUUUAUCACAAUUUUAUCUAAAGAUAUUAUAUCAAUACUGUUCCCAAGUAGAGGAAAGAAUGGUAUAUUUUUCCUCUAUUUUCCAUUUUAAAAUCGCCCUGUUGCUUCGCUAAAACGCGAUGCAAGCGCAUCGAGAUUUUGCUUUUUUUCAUAAUCUUGUUCGUGAUUCAUAUUCUAUAAAGGUGAGAUAAUAUCAGCUAGUGACAUAAAAUAUUAAACGUUGGACAUAAUUAUGUCACUGACAUGAUUUACUUAUCAUUUAGCUAUUGUGACAUUGUCCAUUGUCCAACAGUUUUAAAAAGUCAUUUAAAGUCAUUUGUCUAGUAAAACAAGCGAGGAGUUCUCACUUACCGUUCUUUUUCUUUUCCGACAACUAAUCAGUCGCUCCACAGGAUAAUAUAAAGGAGUUGGAAGUGUUUGCCGACGAGAAGGAAGCAUGUCUUUAUUGGGCAUAUACAUUUAAAGAGCGUUUCUUUACGUACUUUCCGGCUUUUCAAUAUGUUCAUUAACAUGACGUACUGACAGUGCGUGUGGCUGCAUUACAAACCGCUGCCUGUCGCAGAUUUCUAGCCAUGCUCUUAUGAGCUCUAGUCUCAAUGCGAGUACAUCGUUGAAAAUAUUGUUACAUAAGUAUCACAUUUCUGGUCUUAUUUUAAUUCUUAUCCGGUCGAUUAACCUUAUUGUUAACAAAAAAUUCCAUCUUGUACGUUAGAGAAAUGGUUUUAGCAAUACAAUCUUGGAUGGUUUGUGUCAGUGUAGGUAGUGCCAAUAAUAAGAAAGCUUCUGAUUGAUAGGGAUACAACUACCUGAAAAAUACAAAGAGAACUUCGACGUUUCGAGCCCUAGUUCACUAAAGGCCCGUUUACACGGGCGAUUUUUGCUGCGAGUUUAGGGCGAUUUUCUUCUUCUGAUGGAUGUGAAGGAGUGGAUAAGUUAUAAAUGUUCCAGGUUGUGAAAUUUCAUAACAACGUCAUUAAGUAAUCUACUCCUUCAUAUCCUCCAAAAGGAGAAAAUCGCAAUUAAAAUCGCAGCAAAAAUCGCCCGUGUAAACGGGCCUUAAUAAGGGCCUAAUGACACUAGCUUCAUUUAAUAUAAUAUUCUUAAUUAUUAGAAUAACUUAAUCUGUCUACAGUAUAGCUUGUCCUAAAAUAUGAUUUUCAGAGCCUAUAAAUAACAUAAAGUCAAUUUUUAAACCAUAAUAUUUUUUGUUCAUAUUUUACAGUUGUCAGUGUCGAUUUUGUACUAACAAGUGCUAAUGUAUUGGAACAAGUUAGUGCUGCACUCGUUGAAAUUGAGAUACAAGGAGCCCGAACACUACCUGUCACCGUUAGGUAAUUAAAGAACAAAGAACAUUUAUGUAACGCUAAUAUUACCCUUGACUCAUAUACCUUAACAAACGUAAGGUAACAUCUGUUGUAGGCUUUUAUGCAUAUUAAUAUAAUGCCCUUUUUGUCGAAGCCACCACAAUUAUUUCAACAGCAGUCCAGGAAAUUGGGCAGGAAUAGUAUCUUAAUAAAGUGAUAGAGUUGAAUCAGUUGUUGAAAAACUCACUUCUGAUUAUGGUCUCAGGUAUUAGCAUACCAACAUUCAGACACUGCAUAAGCUACUGAGAUCCCCGAUUGGAGAAACUCUUCAUUCAUGCUUGAGACAUUCAGGAAUUCAUUUUUCAACAAGUAAUUUGACUGUGUUUAGACACCAUAUGAAGCAAUCACGAUUAUAUUUAUAUACCACAAACCAACAUAUAUUAUGUUCUCUUUCAGAGUUCAGUCGAUCGAUUUAAAUGCAGAAUCUGGAAGCGAUUACACCGCAGUUGACACAGAAGUUACCUUCCAGACAUUUGAAAGCACAAAAAGCGUGCCUGUGCCGAUAAUAAACGAUAAUUUGAUUGAAAUUGAUGAACAAUUUAUUUUACGUCUUUCAACUGAUGAUAAUAAUGUUACAAUUAACGAUAAUGAAACGAGGAUAACAAUUGUAGAUAAUGACGGUACGUGAUAUACUGUAUAUGAGCAGGCAAUCUAUUUCUUAAUGAAUAAAUUCAAGAUAUUGUUGGAACUCAUUGAGCUCUUCACCGAUAACACACAUUUCUGGUGCGGAAUCGGUCUCGUGCGUUAUAAAUGCAUUAUGCGUUAUUCUCUACUCCAGAAAAUGCAGGACAAAGAUUUAUAAAUUUCUCGUCAAAUGUUCAUCAAAAUUCUGCCAAAAUUUUUCCAAUUUGUCUUUACCAACCAUCGGAGGUAGGAAUGUUUUGGCUAAUAAUUUGCUCUUUUCUUGUUUCAGUGGCUGCCAUUAGAUUUGAACAAUCAUCUUAUACAGUCAAUGAAGCAAAUGACAAUGUGACCCUUCACAUACUACAAACUGGCAAUCUUGGUAUUCCAGUCACAGCAGAGUAAGUGGUUGUUAUUUUUAGUUAUUAGUGGAAGGGAGACACUUGUCUGGUUCAUUUCUUUUUUUCAAUGGGAUAACAUGUAUUACCUAUUCAAAAUUUUGGUUCAGGCAAAUGUAAUGUCAGAAAACGCAAUAAAUACAUUCUUGUUGAGGGAAAAUUAUCAGGCCUAGCACGCCUGAAAGCCACCAUAAUAUCGUCAACAAAUUUCCAUUUCGAUCUGCAUGAAAGUUAGUGUAAAAUGUUAUUCCCAGAUGAGCUGGUCUCUUGUAACAUAGCCUUUAAGCCAACCACGAACAAUUUCAUUCCGAAACAGAAGCAUUCCAUUAUAUUUUCAAAUUAAGAAAGUGUGCUUUUAUGGAAAGUCAAAAACCCUUGUAGUUGGAGGUCAGGGGGUAGGUGUCGGAAGUAACUAAGGAACAAAGCUGCACCAAGAAAUUUUCACCAGCUUGGUGUCAUUUUCAUUAACAAAUUUACCAUGAUUAAAUUUUGACCAAAAAGUGUUGCAAGUAAAGGAUCAGAAGGUUUGGCCACCUAAAUUCCUGCACCCAAUAUUUCGCUAAAUGUCUACACUUGCCAGGGCUGUUGUCCAAGUGAGGAAAAGUAUGCUAGUGCACCUACAAUUUGAAUGCUGAAUGAAAAAUUGCGAUUUACAAAUAAUAGCUUUUAAGCCUAUCGUUUCAAAGGUCUACCAAAACUCUAGCAAACCCUUUUUUUAAGAGAUUUUAAUGAAAUAUAUCUAUAUCUGAAUUGCCUUUCUUGCAGGGUCCAGCUUGAUGCACAAACUGCUGAUGGUGGUACAGACUUCACAGUCCCAAUAACAAGGACACUGACGUUCUCACCCAGGUCUAAUAGAGCAAAUAUUACUAUAAAUAUCAUUGACGAUGAUAUUGUUGAGGCAACGGAAACAUUCUUUGCCGAUCUGGCGGGAAUUGGUUCUAAAGUUAUACUAGGCUCACCUCAGAGAACAACUGUGUUUAUCCAGGAUAAUGAUAGUAAGUCAGUUUCCAUAUUUACUUCAUUCACGUAUUUCAUCCUUAAAAAUCCUCUUCCUUACCCUCUUAACUCAUCAAUAUUUCAAUAAAUUUUAAACAUCAGAGUGAGUGUAGUAAAUUAAAACAAAAGAUGAGCCGAUGCUUAUAAACAGUUUUGACUAAUAUAAUGAGUGAAAUCUCGCAUUCUUGAACAGUUUCAUACAGUGCUUUUUACCACUAAGUCUAAGAUCAGAUCAUAUGUACGACUUAAUCUAUUGUAGUCAUGAGAUUAGGAUUAUUAUGCUCAAUAGUAACACAUUUCUACUCGCUAUGGAAAUAGGAGCUAAAAGAACGGGAUCGAACAACUCGGUCAAACUUAAAUGCUGUUAAUUGAGUGCCGUGAAUGAAGAGCAUCUUGUUUGCUUUCCAAUUAAUAGUAUUUUGUUUGCUUCCAGAAAAAGUGUUUUGGUAACUUUUGUAUCAAGUAACCGUUCUUUUGCCAGUAGUAAAGUGUAAUCAAUAUGUUUAUUAUUUGUGUCUCAGAUUCCCUUGCUCGUUUCCUAAUUUCAACAAGAAUUUUGAAUGAAGAUGCAAGAUUUUUGAAUAUGACAAUCGGGCUUAUUACUGUUCAUCCUUUACAAAGAGACGUUUCAGUAAGGUAAAGUGAAACUUUUUGCAACUAUGUUUCCUCGUGCAGUAGCGUUGGGAAUUAUUGUGGCGAAGAGAUCAGAGCCAACCAAUGGUACCAACGAUUUUCACCUCUAGGAAUGCGGGUGUCGGUAUAGCUUUGAUAGAAUCGAACCCAAAACAUUCGUGUGUAUACGGUUUUGAAGAUUGUGAGGUUUUUUCCAAGGAACUUUGGUUUCCCACACUGACAUUCGUCAGCGUGCGCAAGGAUGCAAAGAGAAGUAGAUUGUUUUGUGAUGUCUAUUGUGCUAAGUAUAGUUUGUAGAUCGGCAAUUAUAUUAUAGUCGAAAGAAGGCCGUAAUACUAAAAAGUAUUAAUAAAUGUUUGUGAUAUGUUACAUGGAUUAAUAUAGAUUGCAAUGCAACAGUAAUAAACCACAGUCAUUCUCUUUCCACAGUUAUUCAACUGAAGAAGGUACAGCAGAAUCUCCUGAAGAUUUCUCAAAUGUUGUUGGAUCAACUGUGAUCUUUAGAGCAGGAGAUAGUCAUGGAGCCAGACAAUAUGGAAUUGUCCCAAUUAUUGAUGAUCAAAUAGUGGAAGCCCCUGAGUCAUUUAUUAUAAGGCUGAUAUCAGUAGAUUCUGGUUUGAUUCCCACAACAUUUUCAUCGACUACCAUCAGUAUCAUUGAUAACGACAGUACGUGGUUAUGGGAUUUUGCUUAG